CGCGGCCGCCCGCGACGAUGGCGGAGCGUCAGCAGAGCGCAGAGAGACGCGAGGAUCCGUGACCCCCCCCACGCCUUACUCCCUUCCCGUCUUUCUCCUCGCCUCGCAGGUUGGCAAGCGUUUGUAACGUGCCAAACGCUACCAACCCAGCGCGCCACGACGGGCCGGCGAAGUUCGUGAGCGGUGACGGCGUGGGGGCAGAGCGCGGGCGCCGGCGCUCCCGCUACUGCUGCUGUAGCGCCGGCAGCGGGGGUGGUGGGAGCAGCGGUCGCUGCUGCUGCUGCUGCUGCUGCUGCUGCUGCGGCGGCGGUGGCGCCGGCGUCGUCUGCGAUGAUGUUUCGCGACCAGGUCGGCGUCCUGGCGACCUGGUUCAAGGGCUGGAACGAGUGCGAGCAAACCGUGGCGCUGCUGUCGCUGCUCAAGCACGUGAGCCGCACGCAGGCGCGCUUCCUGCAGCUCUGCCUGGAGCACUCGCUCGCCGAGUGCGCCGAGAUCCACGCCCUGGAGCGCGAGGCCAACGAUCCGGCCUGCGUGAGCCAGUGGUGGCAGGAGCCCAAGGAGAAGGCGCUGGCGCUGCUGCUGACCCACUUCCCGCUGCUCAAGCCGCGCAACGCCGAGGCGAAGGCCGAGUACAUGAAGCUGCUGCCGGGGGUGCUGGCGCACGCCAUCGAGAGCGGGCACCGCGUCGAGGAGAGCCGCCAGCUGCUCUCCUUCGCGCUCAUCCACCCGGCCGUCUCGCUCGAGGACCGGGGCUCGCUCGCCGGCUGGUUCUCGCACCUCGAGGAGCGGGUGGCCGUGCCGGGGCCCGCGACGCCGUACAGCGGCGGGAGCGGUGGCAGCGGCGGUGGGAGUGGACACGAUCAUCCCGCGUCGACGGCGCCAAGCUUCCCCUUCGAGCCGCACCACCAGAGGCAAAGCUCGGGUGGCAGCAAACUCAACGGGUGGCAGCAGCAGCAGAGAGAGUUCAGCGGCGGCUGGCAGGACCACGGCGGGCUCGGUGAGAACGGGCAUCACCAGGCUGCGCCGGGAACCAACUCCCCGUCGUACAACAGCCUGGGCAUCAACACCACCAACCCCGCUCUGUCGGGACAGACCCAGCACGGCUCCCUGAAGCGCUCCGUGUCGCUCACCCCGCCCAUCUCCCUGUCCACCGUGGGCCUCUCCAACGAGUGGCUCUCCCACGAAGACCUCCGGCCUCCGCGCUCAACCGGCAGCGGCGUCUCUCCCUCCACCACCAUCUCCUCCUCCUCCUCCACGCAGCAGCACUACGUCUCCUCCGACCAACACCACCACUCCCUGCCGCACCACCACCAUCACCACCACCACCACCAUGGGCCUCCGCCUCCGCCUCCUCCUCUGCCGCUGCCGCACGGCCACGGCCACCACGCGCCGCUCUCCCCGCAGAGCAGCGUGGCGUCGUCGGGCAGCGGAGGUAGCGAGCACCCGGAGGAUUUGAUCCUCCUGCCGGGGGCAUCGAACAGGAACACGUUCCACGAGGAGGGCACGGGCAUGAGGGACGUUCCCGCCUGGCUCAAGAGCCUGAGGCUCCACAAGUACGCGAGCCUCUUCUCUCAGCUCAACUACGACGAGAUGAUGGCCUUGUCCGAACAGCAACUCGAGUGCCAGAACGUGACGAAAGGAGCGCGGCACAAGAUCGUUCUCAGCAUACAGAAACUCAAGGAGCGGCAGAACACACUGCGGGCGCUGGAGAGGGAGGUUCUGGAGACUGGAAACUUGCGUAACGCGCUGUCGGAGCUGCACCAGACGAUUGUCACGCCGAUCCAGCCGUUCAGGCCACACCGUCCCGACCAGGGGCCCGGCACGGCUGGCAGCCCCCCUUCCGUGGAACCGCCUGGUGACGGCAAAGAGGUCCACCAGACUCCUGGGGGGGAGGUGGAGUCGGUGGCGGCCCUCAUCGCCGAGGGGGACAUCCCGGGACAGUUCACGCGCGUGCUCGGGAAAGCUUGCACGCAGCUGCUUGUGUCUCGGCCCGACGAGGAGAACGUGAGCUCCUACCUGCAGCUCCUGGACAAGUGUCUCACCCACGCGGCCUUCACUGAGACUCAGAAGAAGAGGAUUCUCUCCUGGAAGCAGCAGGUUCAGAAGCUCUUCAGAGCCUUUUCCCGGAAGCCCAUCAUGGAGAUGCAAGCCUUCCGGCAGCAGGGACGCGGGUGGGGAGUCUUUGGACAGCCCCUGCCCCUUCCUCCUGGUGCCUUGGCCAGUGGCCUGAGCCUGCCCUGGAGGCCACAGCGCCCCUUCCCGCUGGGCGCCCGAGGCCUUCCCACGACGCCACAGGGGACGCGAUUUGGGCUGUUGGGUCCGACGCAGAGAGGUGUGGCCGGCACCAUGCUGGGAUCCUCGGCCGUGCUGAGCAAAGGACGUCAGAACAUCUGGUUCGGUGCCGGCGGCGGCGGCAGUAACAGCAUGCCGAGCCGCACCCACAGCUCCGUGCAGAGGACGCGGUCGCUGCCCGUGCACACCUCCCCACAGGCAAUGUUGCUCUUCCAGCAGCCAGAGUUCCCGGUUCCCGUGACGGAGCCCGAGAUCAACAACCGGCUCGAGUCCCUGUGCCUGCGCAUGACGGAGCACGCUCUCGGAGAUGGAGUGGACCGGACCUCGACGAUUUGAGAGCUCCGAUUUUGUUGCCGAGUUUUUACCGAGAGGGACGGGGGGGGGGGGCCCACCGCUUCCUCCCCCCUCCCUCCCUCCCCUCCCGACCCCAUCUCACUCACACUUUCGUGGCUCAGGCUCCCGUAUUGAGCCAGCUUGGGAAAAUCAAACUUCUCUCAAAAGGACACUAAUGGAAUCUUGUGUAAAGCUGCGGUGGCGGCUAAUGGGCCUUGAGUGCUUUGUUUUGGUUCUGUUAAAGUUUGAGAAUUUAUAUUUUAACUUUUUUUUCCCGGUUACGGCUGCGCGUGCGUGUUUCUUUUUUUCAGAUCGCCAGUUGUGGCUUAAGGCACCGGGGGUGUGCGCAAGGAUGGCGCUUUUUGAGCCACAACUGGCGACGAUGAUGAUGGGCCCCCCCGCGUGCAGUAAUGCCUGAAUGACGGUGAAAUUUGUAUUCGUGGGGGGGGGGGGGUGGGGGGAACUGCCGCGAGUAGUUUUUAACGUUUUAACCUCCUUGGCGGGUUCGUUCCGGUCUAUCAAGAUAAACGCGCGCCACCAUUCGGUCCACGUGAUGCUCUUCUUCAGGUCCGUUUUUAAAUUUCGUUGGUUCUCGGUAACGUUACCAUUCUUACCAUCUUUUUUUUUUAUUUUUAAUCAACUCGCUCUAUUGGUGGCGGUGGGGGGGACGAGUGGAUUCGUGCAGAGGUUGACCUCCACCGCGUCGCUACAUUCCACACCGCUCCAGACGACCCGUCCCUCGCUCCCUCCGCGUGGGGGUUUCCCCUUCGGACAUUGCGGGGGGUCGCGCUCGUCAACUCCGCAGUGCUAACGAAACGCGGUCGCCUCCUCCGUGCUGUUUUGCGUUUCAAACACUAAAUAAUAUUAUUUUGUUUCAAUAUAAUGUUGCUUUUCCUUCCCUUGGCUUGUCGCUCACGUUUUGAAAUAUCACGGAAUAUUUAACGGUCACUUUACCCUCAUUGAGUGCACAGCGGUGGAUUUCUCUCACGGGUGUUAUUUUUCUCUGCGGUGGUGGCGUUUUUAACGUUUUCGUUUCUCUGCACGUUUGGGUGCAUUUGUUGUGAAUGGGUUUUUUUUUUUCACUUCGCACACACACCCCCCCUCCACCUCACAUUUUUUGUUUGGUGAAAACAGCACAAAAGGAAUCGGCAACUUUAUAUUUUUACGUUCGACAUUUAGCACAAACGGCACAUGGGGACGGGCAAAGUUGUCGUGGGACUGGCAGGCCUACAGCAAUACCGCCCUCGUCUUUUCCACUGGCACAUGUGUGCCGUGCUGGGGUUGGGACCAGCCCCAGUGCGGUUUGUAUAAGGUGCCGGUGGCAACGGGGAGCUAUUACUAGCCCCACCUAGCCCCUUGCUCUAUCCGAUGAAUGAUUCAUUUGCUGGGUAAAAUUGACGGGGGCAGCUGUAGUUUAGUGGCCGUCUUUAACCAUCCAAAAUGUGUGGAGAAGGUUGCCAAAUCUCACCCCAAUGCACACCGGAAUCGGAGAUUGGCCUGGUUUGUUUAAAGCGUCUCUGAUUUUUAUAGGCAAGACUUGACAAAAGGCUGGCGACUCAAAUCUACGCAACGAGCGUCAUGGCGACUGCUACCUGCAGCUCGUGUGUGUGUGUGUGUACACGCGCACCCUGUUGCCGUGGUGCCCAGUUCAGGUGUUGUCCGCUUGAUGCGCGACGCUUCUUGACCCUGGAGACGAUGGGGGGGGAUGGUAAAGCGAGCGACCGGUGAACGCGGCGCUCCAAAUAUUUUUCUACCGAAACCAAAUAUGGCUGUACAGGCUUGCGGGGACGUCCAUAGUUUUAAUUUUUUUGUAAAGAUAUUUAAAAGUUAUCGCUUUUAUGUUUGCUUUAAAAUGGUUUUAUUUCUUGUCAUUAAGUUGUUUGCGAGCUGUUUUGCGUUUUUUUUAAGAUGGCCCGGGGAGAUGCCGGGGAUCUGUGCUGGCUGGAGUGUUUGGCUCUCCUCUUCCUUUUUGUCUGGUGAAAUACAAAGUGGGGUUUUCCAAAAGGGGGGGGGGGGCAGGGGAUGGUGGUGAGUGGAUGGCGGUCGCAGCGGAUGGAGAGAAACCCCUGUAGAGUGGUGGGGGGGGGGGGAGCCUCGCGUGGUCCGCGCCGGCGAUUGUGGUCGUGUGGGUGCUUAAGUGAAAGUUUUUAUAAUGAAAUAUCAAGAGGAGGCUGUGUUUUGAAGAAGCGAGGGAUUAAGUCGUUGAACGGGGUUCUCGGUGCGUGUGGGAUCUUCAGGACGUGUUUUUAUGUUUUUUGCCGUUGAGUUUUAAGAACGGAGGGUCCAGGGUAGCGUCGGGGUUUAUUUAGACGUCCACUCUGUUUUUGUGGUGGAGGGGGAGGGGGGGGGGAGUGCAUUUAUCGUCAUCCCUCUCCCACACGUUUUUAAAAUUAGAUUUUUUUUUAAACCCGAAAUUCGCUCCCAUUGAAUCCAAGCAAAGCCAUUUUCAUUUCUGAUCAAAUGACGUUCACGAAAAACCUCCUCCUCCCUGCCUCCGAUUUUUUUUUCCCCGCUUGAAAACUUGGGAGAUGGCCAUAAUGAAGCGUUUGUUUUCGUCGCGACGGUGGCGGUGUCACUUUGGAGAGCGAUUUGGCGUUGCAGCGUUGAGGGGUUGUCUCGGUGUGUUUGGCUGAUUGGGGGGUGUUUGGGGCAUGUCGUCGUUGGAGUUGGCCGUGUUGCGGUAGGUUCAUUCUGUUGGCGUUUGGUGAUGGAACGAUCGGCACGCCGACAAGAGGCGCUGUGAAUUUGUACAAAGAUGGCAAAUGAUUAUUUGCUGUUUGCGCAAGUUUGGAAAUAAACGUAGUGUUUUUUUUUAAUUCUCUUGGCCAGCUGUGCUGUUCACUUUUGAAAAAUGCAGUGUUGGAUAACAAAAAAAAUCCUUAAUUUUUAAUUCUUUAUUUUUUAAACGAUGGCAUGGGAUUCCAAAACCGCACUUCGUGUUUCCUGGCAGAUGUAUUACGUUGGGGAAUGUGGGGUUUUUAUCUAGUUUUAGGAUGUGCACGGUUCAAAAAUGCUAAAUCGGGCAUGGUAUUAUUGGGGGGGGUGGGGGGGGAAGUGCGUGCGUGCCGGGACCUUAGCCAACAAAGUUUGAGCAACUGCACACGCACAAAAACCUCCUCCCACCCUGACAGUUUUUUGUUCCCCCCCCCCAUGCGGGGGCGGAAGAUGCGACCGGAGUGCUGCUUGCACCGAUAUUUGACGGAUUGAUAGCGGCCAAACUGGACCGUGAGCGCGGUGCCCAGCGUGGCUGUAUUUUUAUCCACGAACAUCUUAGCAGACCGGGAUAACCUCCUCCCUCCUGCUUCAACACCGGCACACGAAUCUUCCCGCACGCUAGAGCCCCGCCCCCCCCCAUCCCGCCUCCUCCCACCGGCAGUCAGGAAGACUGAAAGCGCGUGAACUUGCCCCACUUUUGACGCUAAGCUUACUACUUUUUUUUAGACUAAUUUUGUACGAACUAACUUUUUUUUGGUCAUUUGCUUAAAACAUAUAUAUAAAUAUAUAUUUUCCCUUUACCCCAAUUUUAGAUUUUUAUGUUCAUAUUUAUUGCAUUGUAAACACCCCCAAACCCCCCCCCCCCCCCCCCGCGCCUUCCUGUUUUUUUGGGCAGAUUUUCGUCGUCGGUUUUUGUCCCCCCCAUUAUUCCUCUUUCUCCUGGUCGACGCAGAGCAAUGGUAAAUGGCUGGCAACCAUUUGUGUAGUCGUGUUCUGUGUUUUUGUUUCCCCCCCCCCCACCCCCGUUUACCAAUAUUUCUUUUUUUACGUACGCAAGAAAUAAAUGCAGAAAAAUGUAAGAAAAUAUUAAAAAUCGUAUUUUCAUAGGAAGAAGCAUAAAAAUGAAUGAUACAAUAUAAAGUUUGUUACCCACGCGAGAGGGUCGGUCGUGCGUGUCAGUUGCGUUUGUACUGCGGAUGCAACGUUGGGUUUAUUUUUAUUUUUGCAAAGCGCUGCCCACUCUACGCCCGGUGGUCUCGUGUCCGUCGACAUUCGUACACUAAAAGCGAUGGGGGAUGGCAUUAAAAAGUAAAAUGUAAAAAAUAACCCAUUGUUUUAACGUCAAGAGAUUUAAACAAAUAUAUUUAACAAAAAUUACUUGAGCCACGGGGCAACUUUUUUUUUUGUACGACUCCAAAAUGCAUCGGCCAAUACUCGGCCAAAGGCUGCGUUCAUGCACUCCUCCUACUCCUCCUCGCGCGCGUCGCAUGCGACGGAACAUUUUCAGACUUCACGUUCGGUUUUUUUUGUUUCUAAAAAGCUUGCAAGGACAAUGGAUGUACCGUGUUGAGUGCGUGUCGAAGAGUCCUCUCCUAUAUGAACGAUACGCACGUGCGUGCCGUAAUUCGUAUUGUUAAUAUUACAUUGGGCUGCCCUUGUCUUAUGCCGUGCAGGAUUUGCAGCGAGCGGCUUGUUUUGUCCAGUGGGGCAGAGGGGAUGGGGCAGUGUGCCUGGGGAUGCCCUCGCUGGCCCAGAGGACGAUCGAUCGAUCCUCUUGAAGCCUUACUGACGUUUGCUGUGAAGUUUGGUUUUCACCUAAAGGGCUUUUAACUCUUAAUAAUGCUGCACUUAAUUUUUCACUUGUAUAAUUCUCUUUUCACUUGUUCUACGUUAUCAUUUAUUGUUACUAUUACAUAACAAAAGCGGAACCCAACUGUAAACGUUUCUCGGUAACACCGUGGCGCCGAAAGUUAAACGUCAAAUAGUGGUGGCCGUUUUGUGGAAUGGUCCUAAUUCAUAGCACGUAAACUAACCCACACAACAUGGUAACUUAAAUGCCUCCACGGUAUUAUUGACGGACGAGUUGUUGUUUGUGUUCGUACACCACUGCCAACGCAGCAGUCUCACCAAAUACUUUGUUUAGUUAUUAUUAUUACUAUCACCAUUGCUAUUGUUUAACCUUUACAAAAAAAAGACUCCCAAUUCUUUCAGACACUUUCACAGCCGGUUUGUCGAUGUUGUGUUUUGGAUAUUUCGUUUUUUGUCCCAUCACCCCCCCCCCUUUUCUAAUCGCACGUCUGUGCACGCAGGACCAAAAUGGGCUUUUAACUCUCCCCUAUGGGGGGGGGGGUGUUGUUGUGUGUCGGGAGCAGCGCUCCCUGGGUCCGCCGCUCCCCUCCCCCCCCGCAGCGCACAGUCUUGCCCGCCACGUCUGCCCGGCCACAGUGCUUGCACAAUCGGCUCGACAGUGCCAAGGGCCCUGCCACCGCCGCCAUGCCAGGCGUUGGGCAGGUGCCCGAGUAGCGGUAUACCUCCUGUCGGAAUCGCGUCGCCCACCCCACUGGUCACGUCUCUAAAUCCAGCAACCCCCCCUUCGUCACCACUCCACAAUCGAGAAGCCAUACCCACAAACUAAAUAUCGCUCCUCGAGCGUGGGGAAAACGUGUGGUUUUAUUUUUUAUUGUAACGCUAUUUUAGUAAGUGGAGGUGCGCACACAGGAUGGGUGGGUGGGUUUGCUAGCGAGAGCGCCUGUACGUCUGUUUUUUUUUCUUCUUAGUUCCGUUAGUUGAGUUUCUUUUCCCGGCUCCUCCCCCGUACCCUCCCCUCCUUUUUUUUGUGUAUCGCGACGAUCUCAAAAUUCAAAUGACGGGAGGAAUUUCUCCCACGUCCCCCGUGUUGACACGACAGCGGUGAUCUGCGGUGCUGUCAACAUGCACGGCGGUGGUUGAAGUUGGGGGGUUUUUUAGUUGGUUGAUUGGGGGUGGAGGGGGGAGGCGAGUCGGUGUGGUAUUUGACGAACUCUUGACAAGCUGGCAAAUAUUAAAUUGUAAAGCCUCCGAUUUUGUUUUUUUAUAUGCGUACUUUCUCACCCAGAUGUUUCCGAUUUAUUUCCCAGAGGCGCGUGCAAGCAAACGGAAGCCGGAGGCUGGUUUAAGUCGAUUAUAGCUUAUUAUUUUAAAUUAUUCUGCACAUCUCAUCGCCGAUUACAGUACUCACUGGUGGUACCAUGCCUCCUUUUACGCUUGACACAUCCCGAGCCCUCCCUCACGAUGUGGUUUCAUUUUUUUAAAAGGAUUUUUGCAGCAUGCUUUUUUUAUAGAAAAUUUUUAAUGAAAAUUAAAAAAAAUAUAUGAAACUUGCGCAAUUUGGGAUUUUCAAAGAGAAAAUGUGUCUGGGGGGGGGGGGGUGGGGGGGUGUUGGUAUCACAGCCGAUUGCAGCAUCGGCCGCAAAAAUACAUUUUAACAAAAGGCCUAACUUUUGGCAACGUCGCACCGUUUUUUUAAAAUAAAAUGUUAUUCUUAAAAAGCUCAAACCACAGGGUUUUGCAGACCGAUGAUAAAUAUAUAAACAAAAAAUAUGCAGUUCUGCACAUUUUUCGAAUAAAUCUUUACAGCAUGUUAUUCUUGUUUUAAGUGUUUACCUUUUGGCUAUUGUUUUAAACGUGUAACACGGUAUUUGUUACCGAGAGAAUGAAUGGAGAGCGGACAUGUUGGAGAUGCCGAAUAAAAACCUUGUAUAACCUC